UCUGGGGUAUUCCAGUGCCAAGCCCGAGCCCAUACGGAAACCAUCAGCCCUGUCCGGUUCGGCGACCAGAAAGCCGCGGCUUUAACCGGAUAGGGACGCGAUUCAUUCCCACGGCAGCGUGACAUUGGCUAUCACACUCCAAGAAGUUACGAAACAACUUAAAGUACGGCGCCACCGCAAGAAUCCUCCGAAAUGCAGAUUCGGGCCCGGACCGGCAAAAGCGGACCGGGUCGGCGACAAGCAGGACUAAGCAGAUCGCGUCGAAGCGCCAGGGACAAAGAAUUUAAAGCGUUACUAUUACGGACGGUUACCAGUCAGCCGACUCGCCCCGCUGGAUUUUCUGCUUUCCUGCCAACCAGCUAAGUAUGUCUGAUAGUAUGCCGGAUAUUCGUACCAUAAACCUGAACUGCUCAUUGCUGAGGGACGGCGGCAGGUAUCGCAUCCGAACAGAAGCCAUGGUGGGGAUGAACAUCACCUUGUGUGAUCAAGAAUGGAUCAGCGAAGAGCAGGAUAAUUCACUUCCAGUAGGGUAUUACUCGAAGGGGGACACCGACAUCAGUCCUCCUGUGCUUCGCCUCACAGCACAAGAGAUAUGGAUGAAGAAAUGUGUCAACCUUACUCUGAUGCUGCAAUGUGACCAGGCCGGUCUGUUCCCCGGAUUCAGAAUUUUAGUCAGCUCGGAUGCUGGAGAAGAAGAGACGACAAGUCAUGGAUUCAUUGAAGAGACGACAACUCAUGGAUUCACCGCUGCUGUUGUUGGAGGGUCAAUAGGAGCAUUAGCAGUGAUCCUCCUGGUUCUGGCAGUAGGAUGCUGGCAUCGUGUGAGGCGUCCCUGCGGGAAUGAGGCUGUCGUCGAGCCCCAGAGCGAUCAGCUGCAGGGAGGCACUGAGGCUGGCGAUGGCUUCCUGUAGCAGGACAACGUCCUCAUCCUUGUGCCCCAAAUCCCAGGCCAGCUGUUCAACUUGCAGGGUCAGGUCACUCAGCAGCUGCUCCAGCACAGCAAGGACCUGCUGGACGGCAGCCAUCUUGGGCUUCAGGUUGGAGGUGAAGGUCACCAUCUCCAGCAACUGGAUGUUCAUCCUCCAAGACCGAGAAGCAUGCUGCUAGCUAACAGUCAGCCUCCGCCAGCUUGGUUGUGCUCCACCAUGCCCUAUCUACCUCCUGUAUAUUAUGCUUUGAUGAGCCUUUUAAGGCUGGCGCCCGCUAAAUGCUUCCUGCUAGCUGGUUGCGAAUCCACUUGCCAACAUCUUCCUCACAUACAUCCACAUCAAUACUGCCCUCCACAUCCACCUCCAGCUUCUCCACCUGAAACUGCACCCUCCCGGCCUCCAGCCUCCCCAGCACACCCAAGAUGCUCUCAAACUGCACAGGAUCAAACAGACACACUGUGACAACAUGCCACAGCCAUGAUGCAGCCCAAGACACCUAAAAAUAUUACAGGCCCUGCCCUUCCAAACAUGCAGAACUUCAAUAUGCUGAGUGGUGUGUGGCCCUGUGCCUGUCAUCAGAAGGUUGCUGUGGUCAUCCUGUGGUCAGUGAUAGUACUCUUGGACUCUUUCGCAAGGCCCUCUGCUUGUAAGCCAGUUUGCUCAAAAUCAGCUUCUAAAUAAAUGUUAAUAUGUGUGCAGUGUUCUGUUUGCUACAGUAAAAUAGUCUGUUUCCCCUGUAGUGCUUGCGAAACACAAAUCAGGCUUUAAAUAGGAGGGAUUUGUUUGUUUUGCUCCAGACUGACUUGUUUCUAACAAACUGAACAUGAGAUGCUGAACACAGGACAGACACCUGCACUGAACACAGAUAACAAAGCCAGUAUAAACAAAAAACAGUGCAUCCUGUUAUUUUCCCAAUAUUGUGUAGAAUAUAUUGCAUUCUUAUGCUUGUUCAACUGAUUUUUUUUUCAGUGAAAUUAACUAUCUCUGAGAAUAGGAGACAUUUCUGUUUGUCUUAAACACACAGGAAGCAGCCCUAGCCAGAGUUAGUCACUUCCUCAGCCCUGGAAACAAAAAGCAAAGUUAAUAAAAAGUUUUUAGUGAGAAUUUUGAAUAGCCCUCAUCUUCAGGUCCAUAUGAACUUGCAGUUCUGCAAAUGGCAAGACAAGUGCAGCCGUAAGAGCAAAUUACUUACAUCAUUAUUAAAUCAUUAUU